UUAACUUUUUCCAAGCCGCAGCCUCUCUGUCUCUCUCUCCCUUAAAUUAUUUUCUCUCUCUCUAUAUCUCUUUCUCUUUCUUCCUUUGUCUAACCUUCUUCAGAUUUUUCUUUCUGUGUUCAACGCUAAAAACAAAUUCUCCCGAAAUUUCCCCCAAAAUUUUCACCAAAAGUUCGGUUGCCUAAUAAUUCUAACCAAUUCUUUUCGUUGCCAAUCUCCUACACAGUUUUUGGGCUUUUUCUCGAUCUGGGGAACCCAUCAGCAAUUGGGUCCUUAACACCUUCUGAUGUUGUAAAUGAUUCCAGUUUGCUGGAGCACAUAGUGAUUUGGCUUUUGAUGGUCAUUUUGCAAUCUGAAAAUGUCAUGUGAAGAAGUUUUGAAGGUUGUUUUUCCUUUAUUAGAUGGCAUUGACCUUGCAGCUUGCAUGGUGGUCUGUAAGCAAUGGAGAGACAUAGCUAGAGAUGAUUACUUUUGGAGAUGUGUAUGUGCAAAGAGAUGGCCUUCCAUUUGCAAGCGGCCCAACCCUCCUACUGUAACCUACUACAAACUGUAUCAAACCUUUUAUAAACGGCAGCAUAAGCGCACUCUUCUCCCUCCAAGACUUUCCUUUGAUGAUUUGGAAUUCUUCAUUGACAUUUGGACAGAAGAUAAAUUGAUUUUCUCUGAAGUUGUCCCCGGCCCUGUCCUCCAGACUGGAAUCAAGAUCCCACCUACUGGAAUUUGUGACAUGCUUAAGUUUCAUCUUGAGGGUCCUGAGUACAAAAUGACAUUACCUGUUGAGCCAAGGUUCACCGUUCCUUGGAGCCAGACUGUGAGUGUUUCAGUGCUCGUGGAGCGGAAGGACUCCAAUAAGGUUGCUUGCAUUAUUAAUAAAUCACUGUUUGAUUAUAUAGAUAGAACAGCUUAUAGGGCCCUUGCAUUCGACUACCUCGACUUCUCUCCCAACUACCCCUUCAUUUCAGGAAUCCGGGCAUGGAUCUCUUUGCUUUUCAUGGAAGAUGGAAAUGAUGGUGUCAUUGAUGUUUUUGGAAUUGAAAUGGAUUUUUGUGAUGCUGCCAAUUCGAAAGAAGAGGUAUUGUGGCUAUUAGACAUGCUUGAUUGGAAAUGAAGGGUGGAAUUGUGGUAGCCGGGCACAGAAAAUAAUUGAACUGUAAUUAUAUGUGCAGCCUCGUUGUUCUUUUCAUUGGGGAUGCUCUCUACUGCUCUAGUGACAUCGUUACCUCGCUGCUUCAUAAGUGUGUACAUAACCUUUUUUAUUCGUUGUAAUCAAUAAAUAUGAACAGUUCUUGUAUUCAACUUCAGCAUUCUAUGGCUAUCUCAUCACCCUUUUGAAAACUUGAUAAUAUCAGCUUGUGUUGAGAAGCCAAUGCGGGCACGUGUUGAUUAUACUACUGAUAUAUCUGCUUCAA